ACAGGAAUCUAUAUUGGUUGGCGCUGUCCAGAAUUUAAACAUGACUGUCAGAGACUGACCCGUCAAUCAAAAUGUUUCUGUGGUCAUUAUUUAGCAGAACAUAACAAAUAUACAGGUAAAAGUGUCAGGGUGCCCUGUAAACAAUGUCCAUGUAAAGCUUAUGCCUGGAUUCCAGCAAGACCUGAAGAAAUUGGAGAAUUCUGGCACCAGAGAAGACGAGAUUUUGAUCCUAGUGCCUGGAGAGCUAAAUGUAAAUGUAAACAUCAUCAUGAACAACACGAUCCUAAUACCAGUCAUAGAUGUAAAGUUUCAGGUUGCUCUUGUGGAAGAUUUUUCUCAGAUUUUCUGUGUGCAGCUUGUGAUCGACAUUGGGAGGUCCAUGAAACAUUUUUUGAGACAGAAGACAUGAGGGCUCAGAAUGGUUUACCAAUAGGUAUGUAA